UAAAGGUUUACGCUUUUAUAGAAACAGCAGCAAUUAGGGUUUUACGUUUCCAUCUCGCAGCUUCAUAGUAUAAGCCACUUUUAGCGAGAGAGGAAGAGAGAGCUCUUGGCCUCAGAGUUUGAAUAUGGUGAAGGGACGCCAAGGAGAGCGAGUCAGGCUUUAUGUCAGAGGAACAAUCUUGGGCUAUAAGAGGUCGAAGUCCAACCAAUACCCAAACACAUCUCUGAUCCAGAUUGAGGGAGUCAACACCAAGGAAGAAGUUGCAUGGUAUGCUGGUAAGCGCAUGGCAUACAUAUACAAGGCCAAGGUGAAGAGGGAUGGGACCCACUAUCGCUGCAUUUGGGGCAAGGUCACAAGGCCUCAUGGAAACAGUGGUGUUGUCAGAGCUAAGUUCAAGUCCAACUUGCCUCCAAAGUCCAUGGGAUGUCGUGUAAGAGUUUUCAUGUAUCCCAGCAACAUUUGAGUUCCUCAGGCUCUUUACAGAUAGCAGCAUGGGUCCAUUCGAUGUCUUGUAGGGAUUGUCGUUUUACUUUUUAUAAGCUAAGUUUAAAUAUCGUAUGAGCUGAGAAUGAUGGACGGACUUUGUUUCUAAUUUCAGUAUCCGUUUCCCACCA